GCGGAGUCGGUCGCCUGUCAGCUCAGUCGAGAGCGCGCCGCCGAGACGAGCGCCCGGUGCAGGCGCGAACGUGUGUGACCCCAGCCCCAGCCUAGCCCCAGCCCAGCCCCAGCCCCACCAGCCCCACUAGCGGCCAGCCCCCCGGCUUGGAAACUGUGGCAUGGGUGAUGGUGCCAAGAUGACAAUGCAGUGGUUCCUGCCAGCGCUGCUGGUGCUGAGCGCGCUGUGCUCGCUGGCGACCGCUGAGCCGCGCUAUCCCCAGCAGAGCACGCACCGGCCGCGCCACUGGCAGCGCGGGGCCCGCACGCUGGAUGAGCGAGCACCCAGCCAGUUUGUCGGGCCACACGUCUGCCGGAGUCGCAACAGCACGCAUUGCUGUCCAGGAUGGACUUCCAGGCCAAAUUCGCUUCUUUGUGUUGUCCCCAUCUGCCGGCCGGACUGCGGGCCCGGGCCGGGCUCGUGCGUGGCGCCCAACAUGUGCCGCUGCCCGGGCGGCGUGGAGGCGCCCUCUUGCGCCAACGGGGGACUCUAUCCUUACCCACCGCGCACGCGCGGCGGCUGCCGGCGCAUCUGCAUGAACGGCGGGACGUGCACCAACGGCACCUGCGCCUGCGCGCCCGGCUGGAGCGGCGAGUUCUGUACCGACCCUAUCUGCCGCGAGCCGUGCCUACAUGGAGGGCGCUGUAUCGCGCCCGACCGCUGCGUCUGCUUCCACGGCCUGUCUGGGACACGUUGUGAAAUCGAUAGAAGGACUGGGCCCUGCUACACCGACACCCGCGGAGCCCUAUGCACCGGAGCGCUAGAAGGAGUGGUGUGCACCAAACAGCUGUGUUGCGCCACCGUGGGCGUAGCCUGGGGGCACCCUUGUGAGCGCUGCGGAGACCUUGACUGCCCCACUGGACAUCUGAGGAAUCUCGCCACUAAGGAGUGCCAGGACAUCGACGAGUGCGCAGCAGUCCCAGGGCUAUGCAGCGGCGGCAAGUGCGUGAACAGUAUCGGUUCGUUCUCGUGCGAGUGCCCGCCCGGCCAGCGCCGCCACCGCGUCACCAACAAUUGCGAGGACAUCGACGAGUGCGAGGACCCUGACAUCUGCCCCAACGGCAAAUGCGUGAAUACGGAAGGCGAUUAUUACUGUCUUUGCAAUCCUCACUUCAUUCCUAGUCCAGACAAGAAGUUUUGUAUCGACGGCCGUGUGAGCAGUUGCUUCGCGUACUUGGGCGAGACGGGAGAAUGUGCGGAAAGGCUGCCAGUGCAGCUGUCGAACCGCGACUGCUGUUGUGGUUUCAACAUGGGUCGAGCUUGGGGUGAUCUUUGCACACCCUGCCCUCCCAGAGGAGCUGUGGAAUGGAUCCACCUCUGCGGCGGCGGCGGCGUGCCUCCCUACUGGCACCGCAACACUACCGGCGGCGGCGGCGGCAUCGGCGGCGGCGGGCUCGGGCCGGACGACGACUUCGAGGCCAAGUCCAUCGCCGUGUACCCCAAGAUCAACGAGUGUAUGCUGAGGAGCGGAAUUUGCGGCCUGGGAGAGUGUGUUGAUAAGGAUGUUGGAUAUUCAUGUAACUGCUGGGAUGGCGCGGAAGAGACAGUACAGGAUGGCAACCCGAUCUGUAUUGACAUCGACGAGUGCGCGCUCGGCUACUGCAAGGGCGGCACUUGUAUCAACAACCCUGGCUCCUUUGAAUGCAGAUGUCCACCAGGCUUCGAUCCUGUAGACAACAACAGGCGGUGCAGUGACCAAAACGAAUGCGAAAUGACAAACGGAGCCAUGUGCACCAAUGGCAUAUGCAGAAGCAUUGGACCUGGCACCUACGAAUGUGUUUGCAACGCCGGCUACGAGUCGACGGAGACCGGCAACGCGUGCCGCGACGUGGACGAGUGCCGCGAUACGCCCAACGUGUGCCGCCGCGGCCGCUGCCGCAACACGCCCGGCAGCUACGACUGCCAGUGCGACGCCGGCUUCCAGUUCGUGCUGGGCGGCUACUGCAGCGACAUCGACGAGUGCAGCGACAAGUCCGUGUGCCAGGGCGGGCGCUGCGUGAACCUGGAAGGCUCGUUCCAAUGCGUGUGCGAGGCGGGCUACCGGCCGACAGCUGGGCGCGGCGCCUGCACCGACGUGGACGAGUGCGCCGAGCAGCGCGUGUGCCGCAACGGCCACUGCCACAACACCGCCGGCUCGUUCAGAUGCGAGUGCCUGCCUGGGUUCACGCUUAGUGCUGAUGGGAGGACUUGCUUAGAUGAAGUCCAAGAUUUGUGUUACGAGAAAUAUGAAGAAGGCCAAUGCUCUGGUCCUGGUUCCAGUCCUGUAACCAGGUCGCAGUGUUGUUGUAGUGCAAGUAAAGGAUUAAGAUUGGGUUGGGGAGUAUCCUGCAAACCAUGUCCGAAGAAUGGUACCAAGGACUACGAGGUCCUCUGCCCCUCGGGUGCCAGCAAAGACAACAGCGGAGCAGACAUUAACGAGUGCACAGUGAUCCCAGGCAUCUGCCAGCACGGGACCUGUGAAAACCUGGAACCGGGAUACAGAUGUAUUUGUGACCCUGGCUUCCACCCUGAUGUGGAUAGCAUCUGUCGGGACAUUGACGAGUGCGAUAUGCAUCAAUCAUAUUGCACAGGCGGGCAGUGCCGCAACACGCCAGGCAGCUUCACGUGCGUGUGCCCGCCGGGCACGCGCUACGAGCCCGACGAGCAGCUGUGCCGCGACAUCGACGAGUGCGAGGGUGAGCUCACUUUCCUGGUCUCCGACUAUGAGCGCGGGGACAUCCCCCCCGCCUUCCCCGUCACAGAGCUGAACAACCCGUGCGACAACGGGCGCUGCAUCAACACCCACGGCAGCUACGAGUGCGAGUGCGAACAUGGCUUCGUGUUGGAUGCCACCGCGCAACAUUGUUUGGAUAACCGACGUGGUUCUUGCUGGCGUCGAGUGGUGGACGGGCAAUGUGAGGCCGCAGCGCCGCGGCCAUUACUCCGGCAAGAGUGCUGCUGCAGCGUCGGCCUGGCCUGGGGCUCCCCCUGCGAGCCCUGCGACCUAGACCACUGCCCUUGCCCCAAAGGAUUUGCCAAGCUUGAUGGCUCCACAUGCCGUGACGUAGAUGAGUGUACCCUGGAUCCAGACCUAUGUGUGGGCGGGAGGUGCGUCAACACUGAUGGCUCUUACCGGUGCGAGUGUCCACCUGGCCUCACGCUCGACCCUAGCGGUAACAGAUGUGUGGACACCCGCCACGAGAUUUGCUACACAGAGUAUAUGGGUGGACGAUGCACGGGCCCGUUGCAGGCGGUGCUCAAAGCUGUGUGCUGUUGUUCUGCGCUUGGUAAAGCUUGGGGAGACUCGCGGUGCGAGCCUUGCCCGAAGAAAGGUACUGAUGCAUUCCGAAACUUGUGUAUGGUGAGCGACGUGACUGGCCCAACCGGAGUGUGGGACAGACCAUUCGAGGGCGGCGGCAACAUGACCGGCAUCUGGAGCCACACCGGUGGCGACGGGCACGGCGGCGGCGGGCCCGGCGGCGGCCCCGGCGUGUGGCCGGACGGCGGGUGGCCGCCGGGUGGUUCUGAUGGAGACACCAGCUUCAUUGGCAAGGAGAUGGACGUCAACGAGUGCUCUGCUUUCCCUGGACUGUGUGGUCAUGGAAGAUGCAAGAAUAUGAUGGGCACUUUCGUGUGCGAAUGUUUCCCAGGAUAUGAACCGGAUUCCAAGAACCACACAUGUGUAGAUGUAAACGAGUGUGAGAUAGUGUCGAAUGUGUGCGGCGCUGGUGAGUGCCGCAACAAUGAAGGCAGCUUCAGCUGUCAUUGCCACCCUGGCCACAGAGCUGAUGAGAUCUCCAAGGUUUGCGUGGAUAUCGAUGAGUGUUUCGAAGACCGAUCGCUAUGCCGCGGCGGCCGCUGCGUCAACACCCCAGGGUCUUUCCGCUGCGAAUGCGCUCCUGGCAUGGAACUUUCACCUGACCGACUCUCCUGCAAGGAUAUUGACGAGUGUUCUAUUACUUCUGGAAUUUGCAGCAACGGAGCGUGUGAGAAUCUCAUGGGAACGUACCAGUGUGUUUGUGACGAAGGCUACGCGCAACUCUCAGUCAAGUCUCACUGCGAAGAUAUCGACGAGUGCUCGGAAGAUCCCACUCGGUGUCAACACGAGUGUGUGAACACGCCUGGAUCUUACCACUGCGCUUGUAGGGAGGGCUGGCAACUGCGCGCUGACGGUCGCACGUGCCGCGACGUGGACGAGUGCGCGGGCGGCGCGCGGCCGUGCGGCGGCGGCGAGUGCCGCAACACGCCCGGCUCCUACGCCUGCACCUGCGCCGACGGGCUGCUGCCGGCGCCCGACAACGCGCCGCCCACCUGCAUCGACAUCGACGAGUGCUCAGAUGUACCGGAUCUCUGCGGCGCGGGCGAGUGCCGCAACACGAUCGGCAGCUUCGUGUGCCGCUGCCCCGACGGGUACAGCGUGAAGCCCGAGCAGGGCCCCGCCUGCACCGACGACGACGAGUGCGAGCUCGGCACCUGCGACUGCCACCCCGCCGCCGACUGCAUCAACCUGCCCGGCUCCUUCCAAUGCCGCUGCCGCGACGGUUGGCGCGGUGAUGGAACCGAAUGUGAGGACGUCGACGAGUGUGUGACCAACAACGGAGGCUGUCACCCUCGGGCUACCUGCCGUAAUACUGACGGCUCCUUCGUCUGCCUCUGCGACACGGGCUACAAAGGAGAUGGAUACUCGUGCGUGGACAUCGACGAGUGCGCCAACGACCCGACGCUGUGCGAGAACGGGCACUGCACCAACACGCCCGGUGGCUACUACUGCGACUGCGACGUCGGCUUCACCAAGACGCCCGACGAGAGGGCCUGUCUUGACAUGGACGAGUGCGCGACUUUCGACAACGUUUGCGUGUUCGGCCGCUGCGUGAACACGUACGGCAUGUUCAAAUGCAUCUGCGACAAAGGGUACCAGUCUGAUAACGUUGACGAACUGAUGCUGGGCUUCAACUGCACCGACGUGGACGAGUGCAAGUCGCCGCAGUCGUGCCAGUACGGCGAGUGCGUCAACACGCAGGGCUCGUACGUCUGCCGCUGCCCGCCCAACUACGAGCUCGUCUCCGACGGCACUGCCUGCUUUGACUCGCGCAAGGCGCGCUGCUACGGCGAGGUGCAGGUGCGCGCGGGCGCCGAGCACUGCCACGACAGCGACGAGCUGUCCGAGGACGGCACCAUGGCCGCCUGCUGCUGCUCUGUCGGUGUCGCAUGGGGCAAUUACUGCGACCUUUGCCCAGAGCCGGGAACUGAAGCUUAUAGACAACUUUGCCCUGGAGGACCUGGCUACCAACCUGUGCUUGAACCGCCUUCAUACGUGGUAACCCUAGCCGACAUCGACGAGUGCGAGCAGCAUCCAGCACUUUGCGAGCACGGCACGUGCACGAACACGUUCGGCUCGUUCGUGUGCACGUGCGGCGACGGCUGGCAGCUGACCGACGACGAGCGCAAGUGCGUCGACGUCGACGAGUGCGCCGUGCCCGGGGUCUGCGGCCCGGGCAUCUGCCGCAACCUGCCCGGGUCUUACGUCUGCCUGUGCCCGGAGGGAUACGUGCCCAUGCCUAAUAACAAGGAGUGCGUCGACGUGCGCCAACGGCAAUGCUACCUAGAAUGGGACGCGGACAACAACGAGUGCUCGAACGCGGCCGGCGCGGCGCAGACGCGGCGCGUGUGCUGCUGCUCCGUGGGCCGCGCGUGGGGCGCGCCGUGCGAGCGCUGUCCCGCGCCCAGCGAGCCCGCCUACGCCGCGCUGUGCGGCGCGCGGCCCGGCCUCUACCGCAACCCCGUCACCAACGAGACCAAGCCCAUCAACGAGUGCGACAUCAUGCCGCAGCUGUGCAAGCCUGGCACCUGCCACGACACGCCCACCGGCUUCACUUGCAGCUGCGACCAUGGAUACGAGCACGACAACACGUCGCACCUGUGCCGCGACGUGGACGAGUGCGCGUUAGGCCGCGCGCGUUGCCGUGGAUUGGCACAGUGCGCCAACGUGCCGGGCUCGUACGAGUGCCGCUGCCCGCCCGGCUACCGCCUCACGCCCAGCCUCGACGAGUGCGAGGACGUCGACGAGUGCGACGACGAGCGCCUGUGCGAGCACGGCGACUGCAAGAACACGCUUGGAUCGUACAGAUGUGACUGCCAGCCCGGCUACACGCUUCGCGACAACGCGUGUCGAGACGUAGAUGAGUGCGCACGGCCACGACCCAUGUGCCGCAAUGGCACAUGCGAGAACCUGCCCGGAUCCUACGCUUGCCACUGUGAUGAAGGCUUCAAGCCAGGCCCUAACAACGACUGUAUUGACAUCAACGAGUGCCGCGAAGGAGGCAUGGUGUGCCGCAACGGCCGCUGCCGCAACACAGUCGGCUCGUUUCGCUGCGAGUGCGCGCCCGGCUACGCGCUCACGGGCGACGGCCGCAACUGCCGCGACGUGGACGAGUGCUCCGAGGAGCCGCACCCCUGCGGCCGCGAGGGCUCGCCGUCCUGCACCAACACUAACGGAGGGUGA